AUGGAACAAAUUUGCACUAAUAGUUUUACUGUUUCGCUUCUUCAACUUCAGGAUGGCAUUAAAAAAACUCCAACAGCUUAUACGGAAGAAUUUCUUUUGCAGUGGGAAACUUUUAAAUCCUGUAUUCAACUUUUUGAAAAUUCUCCAAAUUCACCAAACCGCGAUAUUGCAGGUCUAUUACAGUUUUUAGCUCAUACAAGUGCCUUUUAUUCUUUUCAGGAUAAAUUUGUAACAAUUAUAGAUGAAUUAUUAACAAAAUAUUUCGAUAUCGCAUUAAAUUUAAUUCGUAAAAAACAUAUUAUUGCCAAGCAAAGCGGAAUGUCGAUACGACAAUGGCUAAAUCAAAAUAUUCACGAAUGGAUUGAAAUUUCAAAAUUAGUUUUAGGGCACAAAAAAACUGACGCAAUAAAUGAUUGUAUUAAUAAAUUAGCUGAAUCAGAUGAAGCUAUAGAUCCAGCAGAAUCUAUCAGUAACGAUAGUGAAAUUGACGAAAGCGAUGAUGAAAACGAGCUCUUAUUAAGCAAUGUAAGUUAUAAUGAAGACGAAGAAGCCGAUUGUAUUACUGAUUCUGAAGAUUUAGAAGCCGAUACAUUAGACGAAAAUUCCGAGUCAAAUACAGAUGAGACUACUUCCGAUGAAAGCGACAAUGAAUCUGUUUUCAUCACUCACGAACAUCUCGCUCCUGCUAGAAAAUCCCAACGUUCUAAUAAUAAACAAUUAAAACAACAAGAACGACAAGUGAGAAAACUUUCUAAGCAUGGAGGAAAAGAUUCAAAUCGUGCUGGUAUUACAAAUAGGUCUAUGGCUAGAAAUAAACCUCUAGCUAUGCUUAAGCAAAAACGAGAAAUAAGAGAAAAGAAUUUGGUUAGUGCGCAAGAAAAAAUGCAAAAACUUCGUAACCAUGCUACGUUAUUGAAAAAACAGAAACACCAAAAGUAUCGUCGAAUAUAA